UGGAGAAGAGGGAAGCUGGCGCCUGAGCCUUUCCUCUUCUGGCUAGCGCACUUGGGGUGUCACAACCCCCGGUUUGUUUUCCAACCCCACAGCGCGUCCAUUCUGCUCCCAACACGCACCGUUAUCUGCUUCGCAAGAGUUUUUCACGCAUCUGAAGGUUAUUUGAGUUCAAUUAUCGAGCUUGCUAGCUAAAGUAUUUCGACUGAGACGGAGACACCAUGGCCGCCUUGGAUGGGCUCCCCAACGAGCUCGUUGACACCAUUGCCACAAACCUUGCAUUCGAAGACAUCAACAACCUUUCCUUGACGUGCAAGUCAUUGCGCGCAGCUACAAUUCCAGGCAUUUUCCGCGCCAUCAACAUGACCUGGGACUACCGCGCUCGUACGACUCCCAAGCUCGCCAGCUUGCUCCGGACUCUCCUCGAAAGACCCGACUUUAUUCGGCACGUGAAGAGCAUUAGCCUCUACUACAGAGGGUUCGAUUUUCUUUUAGAGGAUUGGGAGGUGGAGGAUGAGCUUCCUCCGUAUACGCCCGCUCUCGACUCGGACGACAAGAAGCUGUUCGAGGAAGCUAUCAACGCGUCACGAUUCGCUAGACCUGAGGAUUGGAAGCAGGCAAUCUUCGGCCAACGAUCUUUAAAGGCUGUUGUGGCACUGCUGCUCUUCGUUUGUACCAAUCUUGAUACGCUCGCCCUGGAUAUCGACUUCCUACGGUCCAAUACAUUCCUUCAAGAAGUCCUCCGACACGGUUCCCCCACCAGCCAGCUCUGCAAGGCCCAACGACUGCCUUUCCAGAAGCUAAAACGUAUUAGCGUAGGCUGCGAGUCGGGCCCAGAGACCGUUUACGCACAGACGUUGUUGCCACGCGACUCAUUCCUGCUGCUGUUCUAUCUACCGCAAGUGCACGUACUGGAUUUAUCGCUGCUACCGAAUCAUCCAAUCACUAGCUGGCUCGAGGAGACCGGUGUCCCCUUUUUCUGGCCGCUUCCAGUGGAACCUGUCGCGACCAAUCUCACGGCUUUGCGAUUAAUUCGCACAACGGCUGCCCCUCACAAGAUUGAUUCCCUGCUCAAGAGCACGCCCAACCUUACGACGCUGGAGUACGACUACUUAAGCCCGUCGUCCCAGGCACCCCUCGACUUAGUUUCACUACGUUCUGCUCUAGACCACGUCUACCUUACCCUCGAGCAUCUGGUCAUCGACUACGAGAUCUUUGUUGAUGAGGAGGCACGAGACCCAGAAUACCUUGCAACGGUUUGCAGAGGCUCCAUAGGCUCUCUCUGCGACUUUACGUCUCUCAUCACCCUAGAAAUCUGUCUGCCCGUACUCUUCGGCCAGGUCCGUCCAGCGAACGCUCCGUCCCUGGCCCAAGUGCUCCCUCCAAAUAUCUCGGCCUUUACGCUCACACUCAUAGACGAUUUAUUCGAUCACGACGCCUUUGCGCAUUGGACAAAUCUAGCGCUUCUAGAUUUUAUUAAGGCAUAUUUGAGUGGCGAGACUAUAGAUGGAGCACAUAUGAACUAUAUGGUCGAUGAAGAGGAGGUCACGUGGAGGAGGUCCGCGGCCCCUGGUUGGGAAGCAGCGACGCCAAAGCUACAGAAGUUUACAUUCGACAUCCGUCAACGAUCAGGGCGUUACUAUGACGACUGGACCUGGAGGAACCCGGAAAAUGGUCUGAUAAAAGCGUGCGAAUUGCAAGGCUUGCAGUGCAUUCUUCUAAACGAGGACGAGGACAAACUACGGCGUCCACGAGGCCUUGUCUUCUAGAGCACAGACUCGUUACCCGAGCCCCGCAACCUGAUAUCCCAUGUGCGGCCAAGCAAUCGAUCCUCAUGUUCCACCUAGUCACUCAACUUCUUCCACAGCCACAUGAAGUACAUCCGAUCAGUC